UGGAAUAGUAAAGCAGCACUUGUUGCAUGCCCUCCAUUGGCACUGACAGAGGAUACACUGAAGGCUCCUAUAUCAGCAGGCUCCAGUUCCAGCAUCUCCCUCUUGGGGCUGUCCUGUGCACAGAAGAGAUGCAGCUUAGGUGAUGUGAGACGUCCCAGAUGAAGAGAGAGGAUAGAAGUGCAUAAAGGAGCACUGUGAGGGCUGCAGGGGGUGGUGGGGUGGGUGUGUUUGCAGGACGCUGUCCUCAGCACCUCUCACUGAGUGGGCGCUUGGAGAGAGCUGUGCUUGCACUCACUGGAGGCAGGGCACUCAUUAUCCCAGCUCGGAGGCGUACUUUGCUUAUGACGUGUUACUUUCCCUUUCUGCUGGAUGAGAAGUGGCUCCUGUUGCCCAGGGACCUGUGCCAUCCAGAGAGUCACAAGGCAACAACUGGGACAUAGACUCAAGUUCACAAGUGAAGAAGAUCCCUUUGGCUUCUGAAGAUGAAGAGCCUACUUUGCCUGGUGCUAAUUCCUUUGUGUUGGGCUGCACACCAUGGUAACUCCACUGUGUAUCUUGACAGGAUCAUUCACAUCCACGAAAAUGGACCACGGCUUGUUGUGGAGGUGGAGCAAACAAAAGUCAUUUCCUAUCGUGGUGGCAACGCUACACUGCCUUGCAAAUUUCAGCAUGAGUCAAUUACUGCUGGCUCGCCCUCUCACAAAAUCCGAAUCAAGUGGACCAAACUAACUUCCGAUUACCUCAAGGAGAUAGAUGUCUUUGUUUCCAUGGGACACCACAAGAGGACUUAUGGCAGCUAUCAGGGCAGGGUUUACUUGCAAGGAGCCAGUGAAAAUGAUGCUUCUCUAGUGAUCACUGAUAUAACACUGGAAGACUAUGGGAGAUACAAAUGUGAAGUGAUCGAAGGACUGGAGGACGAUACUGCUGUUAUAUCAUUGGAUUUACAAGGUAUUGUUUAUCCUUACUACCCAAGACUGGGCCGCUAUAAUUUGAAUUUCCACGAGGCACAGCAAGCUUGCCAAGACCAAGAUGCUAUUAUUGCCUCUUUUGACCAGUUAUACGAUGCCUGGAGGUCGGGACUGGAUUGGUGUAAUGCAGGUUGGCUGAAUGAUGGGUCGGUGCAAUAUCCAAUAACUAAUCCCAGAGGACCAUGCGGAGGCAAACACACUGUUCCGGGGGUACGAAACUAUGGCUACAGGGACAAAGAGAAGGGCAGAUACGAUGUCUUCUGUUUCACCUCUAACUUCAAAGGGCGAUUUUACUACCUAAUACAUCCAACCAAACUGACUUAUGAUGAAGCUGUACAGGCCUGCAUCAACGAUGGAGCCCAGAUCGCCAAAGUAGGCCAGAUGUAUGCAGCAUGGAAACUCCUUGCUUAUGACCGCUGUGAUGGCGGCUGGUUGGCCGAUGGCAGCGUCCGCUAUCCUAUCUCAAGGCCAAGAAGACGUUGCAGCCCCAAUGAGGCUGCAGUACGCUUUGUAGGUUUUCCAGACAAAAAGCACAAGUUGUAUGGUGUUUACUGUUACAAAGCAUAAAACUGCACAUCAGUCAGACACGGAUGUCCAAUAUGUAUCCUUCCAGCUGUUGUUGAAUUGCAGCUCACUAGGGAUGGUGGGAGAUGUAGUUCAACAGCAGCUAGAGCCUCGCAGGUUGGACAUUGCUGCCCAGACAGCACAACAGUAUUAAUAACCAUUAGGAACAUGUGAAAGAUGUAUUUUCAGUAUGAACUCAUUCAAGCUAUAACAACUGUGAUAAACCUUUUUACUUACUGUACAAAGCCUUGUCAUGAUUACCUGCCAUUUGCAUUGUUUUUUAUGAUUAUUUUACUUUUAUAACUCAUCACUUGGAUUAAAAGAAAACAAAACAUCAUAUAAUUGCUAGGGAUGGUUCCAAUGCUUAAAGGGACACUACUGUUAAUGAGACAAAUGCUGUAAUAUUCACAGAUAUUAUUGCAGAGGUUUCCAUAACUUGAUGGAACAUAUUACCCAGGACCCUCCCAGUGGCUCAGGGUUACAGUUCAUCAGCAAUUGUAGAGGCACAGCUUCAUACCUACCAACAUUCCAGAUUUUAAAAAUCAGGACAUUUUGACUGUGUCCCUAAUGAGAAAUAACACUCCCAAUCACACUCAGCCACACCCAGUCCUCCCAAACUCCUCCCACUGUUAGUGUUUCCUGCAUCUGUUUGGGGCCUGCAAUUCAGGACAGUUCCACCAAAAUAUAAACUGCUGGGAAGUAUGGAGUUGGCCAUCCAUCAAUACACUUGGCAUUUCCUUUGGCUACUCUGGUUUCCUCCAACACGCAGGCAGGAUAAUUGGCUCCUAACAGAACUGACCCUCGUGUCUCUAUGGGAUGGGGUCAGGGACGUUAGAUUGUAAGCUUCACUGGGUCAUUCUGAUGUAAAUGAUGAACAAUCCCUAUUAGAGCCGUGUAACAGGUUGGUGCUAUAUAAAUGAAUAAAAUAUAAUACAUCAUGUAUGUUCUAAGCAAGCAGGGGAUACCAGCAUAGGAGUUUCUCCAUGACUGUGGCAAAAAAUGGGAGUAAGUGAUGACUUGCCAAAGCACAUUGUAUAAAUGCCCAUCGUAGUAUGAUGGGUACUUUUUAACCCUUACUCACAGACCCCCCAUUCCUUUUUGAUAAUAUAUUGCACUGAGCUCUUGUUCCAUAAUUAUUAUGACAUUAUCUUAUUUUUAUCCUAAUAUUUAUUUCCCCCCAUAAUUUUUUUUGUAUUUUCAAAUCCAGAUCCAUUCACUGUCUCUCUUUUCUGAAAUGUUGACCUAUCACCCCCAAAACUCUCAUACCCCUUAUUACCUGCUAUCACCAUUCACCGCAUGUGUCACCUGCUGUUAUUUUGUCUGCAGUCCAUAUAAAAUUCCACUUUCCAUUUUCCAUUUGUUUGGGCCCUCUUGGCUGGACCAAUCAGAAAAACAAUCAGGAACAAAGGAACUCAUUUGUGACUGGCUGCUUGAAAAUAUAUAUGUAUACACCAGUCCAAAAACUGCUAAAAAAUGCUUGCUUAGGUUCUGUCAAGUUAUGAAAGCGUAUGUAUGUAUAUAUCUGUUCAGCUUACACUACACAAAUUCUAGCAAAAAUGACUUUUAUUGUGCAUUUGGGUCCCUUUAAUGAGAGCAUUAUGUAUGUUCAAUUACUCUAGACAUCUUCAAAGGAAGGGGCAUGCCAUAGCUUGUAAAUUCCUAAUCAAGGAUUGUACGGUUGCUCACAAUAAUUGCAUAAAAAGCACAUUUUUUUCUCCUAAAUAGUUUAUAUACUGAUAUUUUAAAAUGCACUACCAGGCAAGUUGGGCAGCAGGUUUGAAUUAUGUCCUGCUGCUAUUAAAUCUCUUGUUUUGCAUAUAGAAGGGCAACUAGCUUAGAACAUUAGAAUUAAAACUGUAUAUGCUUUGAAAUAUGGCUUGUUUUAUUGUCUCUUAUGGAAAAAAAAAAAGAAAAAAAAACUGUUAACCCAUUCCUGUUGGAACAAGCACAGCAAGGAUCUUGUCAACAUUGAAACUGUCUUUUUACUGGAUAUCAAACAUUAAUGAGCGUUUGAAUUAUUUACCAAUGAACCCGACUUUCUUUUUUACAUUCAGAUAAACGUUGUCUGAAAGGCGUAGGGUUACAGGUGCAUUGGCGUAGGUGUGCUGGGUUAUUUAAGCUGCGGAGGCUCUUAGACUUAGCAUUUACUCAGGACAGUUAUAUAGGUGAACUGCUGGGCAGAACAAACACAUAAAGUUAAAGUAUUAAAAAUUUAUUCUUGUGUGAUAGUCUUGAAAAUGUUUAUGACUUUAUAAAGAACUAUUUAAUAUUUUGUUUUAUUUACGAACAGGUUGUAUAAUCUGCAAACCUUAUUAAAGUAAUUCACUUAUAUAAGAUAUGGUCCCAUGUACGAAGAGAUUUCUUUCUGCUUUUCUGUGAAUUCAUACGCACAUACCUUAAGGAAUACAGAAUUCAGACUGGGUAUCACAUAACAUAAGCUUGAAGGAAGGUUUUCUUUUCAAUUUCAGAUACAAAAAUAAAGUUUGAAGUCAUAUACUGGCACAGUAUACUGUAUAGUGCUGCUGUACAAAUGUAAACACGCAACAGAUUUAUGCACUGGAAAAUAGUCCCAGGCUCCUUGUUAGUCUCCCACUAGUUGGUGACAGUAUAUGACUGGUGCCUAAAGGGGUGCCCACUUGUCAGCAUGCCCAGUUAUCAUACACUAUUUAUUGCUGUGCCAUAAAUAUAUAUUACAGAACCUCACACCAACAUCAAUUUAAGGGCCACAGUUUCUAGCGGCAGCCAGUAUGAAGGCAUGUCUAUAGAGCGAUUUAUAUUGAUUCAUUAAAGGCACAAGGCAUUUUAUUAUUGAAACCAUAAUGAAAUAACAGAUUUGUGUGCUUUGGACUCUUUUGCAUGGGCAUUUACUUGCAUGACUGUUUUAUGCAUUCCACUGCACAGGAGUCAUAUAGGAACUAAUUUGCCCCUUAGUUAAACUGCAUUGAAAUGCUGAAUACAGAUGAGAACCUGCAUUGUGUUUCUGUGUGCUGGCUCUUUUUAUGCAUUUCAUUGCACAGGAGCCAUAUUGGAACCAAUUCAUCCCUAAUGGCACCAUGUUGAAAUGCUAAACGCAGAUGAGAACCUGCAUGUUGCAUCUCCCCUGUGUGCCUUGGGUACAUGCACAAUAGAUAAGAAUGGGCUGCUCACACAUUCCUUUUUGUUGGAACACAUAAAUAGAUGCCCACAUGUAAAGGCCCUAAACUUAUACUAACACAAGCAGCCCUUUAAAACUAGUCAGGGUUUCUGCUGAUCCCUUUUGAUUCCAUGCCAACCACCAGCAACAAUGAGCUCUGUUAUGCCAACUGUUAUACCCCAUUCCAUAAGAAGGACAGGGGCUAUGUAUUCCAGGGCACAGGGGUUGCCGUAGAUUUGUACAGCAGCCCUACACACAAUACUUCAUCCAUGCAUGAAAAGCUGAGGGUUCUAACCUGCAAAAAGAGGAAUCUCUCAUUUCCACAACUGUAACAGGAAACAUGGUUUAUUAUAGUUUUUCCCAAUAGUAUAAUAUUUACUGUAAAAUAUAUAACCUUUAUUUAAAAAAAAAUAAACUUGAUCCCCUUCUAAAUAAUUAUUUAUAUAAGAUGCUCACUCUGGCAGCUGUUUUACAUGAUUGCGCCAUGGAAAUGUUUUUAGCUAAUAUGCCGGCCUUGCUUUAUGAUGAAUAUGCUUUUCAGGGCUAUGUUAGACGUAUAGGAAAUACACAAAUCUGAUUAUUAGAGGUGUGGUGCUUACUAAAUGUUAUUCCUAAUGAGCUUUUAUAUAAAACAUUCAGGAUUCGCAGGAGUUAUGUAUAUGUAUUACAGACUUCAUUUUAUUAAGGCAUAUACUAUAGGCAUGCAGACGCAGAACUGGAAUGCUUACGUAGGAGCAUAAAGCGCACAUUUAUUUACAUAUUUAUAAGAGCAAGCUCACAUAAACAAUAGGGACAGCCUAAUCCAUAUAUAUAUACAGUAUAUAUACUCACUGGCCAGUUUAUGUCAUCAGACUGAAGCAGGGAAAUGUAUAUCAGUGUCAUUAUUCCUUGCUGGUGGAUAAUUCAUCAGCCUAGAUUUUAAAGGAGCAGUAAUACUUUAAAAAGUGGGAAAGAUUCCCUUUCUCUACAUAAACUUCUUGGUUAAUUUCCUUUACAUUUUAUUGAAGUCUACUCAGAUUAAGAAUAAAUUCUAUUUACUGAAUAUCCUACCAGGGUUGGCACCCGGAUAGAAUUUCACCGGCUGAACUGAUAAAGUACUGGCCAGGGCCGGGUUCGGUAAUAUAAAUUUACCAGCAAUAUAGUUGCCAGUAAAUUUGUAAUAAUUUGUGUCCGCCCCCAGCCCAUCUCUGAUUUGUCCCCAGCCAAACUCUUAUUCCUUUUUCCAGCUCCCUUUUAGCUUGCCCUACUUACUGUUUCCCACUGAUGCAUUGCCUUUCCACAUUUACACAACUCCGCCCCAUGUCAUGUCAUGGACCCACCCCUGUGGACCCGCCCUAGCUGGUAAGAAGGGAGCCACCGAGAAUUGUCAACCUUAAUCUUGCUCAAUACACUUCAACAUUCAAGGGCAUAGUAUAAUGGUAAAAUAAUGCAAAACAAAACAUCUAUGAAAACAAUUGCCUAAUUCUUUACAUUUUGGAACUGCAGAUUUUGCUUAUUUCCCUCUCUUCAUAGCAAUAAGGCAGACUUUAAAAGAUUACUGCUCCUUUAAAUUUAAUAGCAAAUAUUUAUUGAUCAGCGUGAAGUCAUAAGUCCCAUUAUACGUUAAAGGGUGCUAAUCAUUACAUUCCCAUUUACUAAGGCUUCUGAUGGGUUAAGGGGUUUAAGGAAUUUGUUCAAGCCCAUAGCAAUGAAUCAGCUUUUAAUAGUCUACUUCAAAAGAAUAAAAACAGACUUCUGAUUUGUUGCUUUUGGAGUUUGGCAAACUCCACCAAUGGUGCAACAAAACCCUCUGGUUUAUUAUUUAUCACGCAGGUGCAAAACUUUUUAAAGACAUCAACAACAUUAGAAGCCCCAGCAGAGUGGCCAAAAAUAGGUUAUGAGCUACCAUUAGACCACAAGCUGAUGACUUGAAGAUCAUCUAAGCCCAAUUCAAUUUUAAAACAAUGACUUGAUAUGUUAAAUGUUGAAUCAUGAAGUUUAUAGAGGCUUUAACAGACCAACUGCCAUAUAUAAGUAUACUGUUAUUAGCUCUACCAUGGCAGCGUCCCCAAACACAAAUUUCACUCUGCUUGAGAUGGUAGACCAUGAAGUGCUAAGUUUGCUCAAAGUAGACCCCAUAUUGCUACAGUCUGGGCCCUGCUUUUGUAGCUAAUUGAUAAAUAACCUCACUCUGAAUUAACUGCCACUGAAGAGAAAAAAACCUUCUUAAAUGGACCCUAAGUUGCCUUAGGCUUUGACUUUGCGCUGUAAAUAAUACGUUGCUCAGAGGAUCACUAAUCUGGCAAAACCAUGGUACAACUGAUAGAAGGCAUGGGGAUAUUUAGAUACUGGCUGGGCUUCUAACUUCCAAACUGACAACUUGUUUAGCAUUUCCAAAACCAAAACUUGAAUGUGACAAUUUCUUAAUCUGUCCCUGCACUGGCUGUAUGAAAUGAUAGAUACAAAUAGAAAAUAGGGGAGGGGGUUGACACUAGAAUGAAGGACCUAAGAAUCUGGUGCUGUGAUGUAGAUGCAAAUAUGAAAUGAGAAAAUGGUUUGCUCUACCAAUGCGAAAAUCAUUCUGCGGGGAUAAUGCAAUGUAUACUAUCAAAUGUGACAAUAAAUUACAAAUGAUUU